AUGCUUUCAACGUCGUCUCCAUUUAUUGAUUCUAGCUUUUCCGUCUAUCAUAAUGCUAUCAAAGCCCUUAUCUUUGGAGCGUCGCAAUUCUUGCUCGCACUUAGUGUUUUCAAAACGUUCAGCUUGUUCGCUUCAAGGGGGAAUCAUUUUGCCUCAUACCUGAUGUUCAUGGAAGAUCCUAUCCAAAAGCUGUAUUUCGUCAUCUCCAAAGGAUUUUCGAGGGGAACUCUCAUUGUGUUCUGCUUUACCUUGACCUAUGUUGCCGCCAGUUUGUACGGUACGUUGUUGUGGGGUCUGGAUGCGCCUGGAUAUGUUAUGCGAAGCCAGCGGAUACCUGCCUCGAACCGCAAUGGCUCGCUGCUCGAAUAUCCCGGAUAUAUAUCGUACUUAGAUAUUCGACCAAACAAGAUGUCGACACUCGAACAGGAGUUACCCACUGUCAUUGGCGCAAACCUCUAUAAGCCUGGGGUCAACUUCUCGCUGACUCCCGAUGUAAACCGAGGGCGGGCAGAAUAUAUACCUCCAGUCUUCGAUGGUAUCGGCGGACGAAUAUGGCUAGAUGAGGAUGGUCUGUCUGUGACAACGGAUCAAUAUGUCAUGUUAAUCCCCAGUACUGACAGUAACGGCAAUUCGACUGGUCCCGAUUGUUCGCCUUCCGUUAUCAACGCUACGGUGAGCUCUGCUCAGUAUUGGAAUUGUACAUUCAACAAUACCUAUGUGAACGAUCUUCUCACGGCGACCAUGGGACAACCAGAGGUCCACUGGGACACUGCGUCUGAUGAUAAACUAGACUCCAAAUACAUCAAACCAGACCGAAAGAGAAACAUUUGGGCAUCUUUUGGCCAAGGUGGUGGUACAGUUAUGAUGAAGCAGAUGUUCACCAUAACCAAAGGGACACGGAGGCACACUUUUAUUGAAACUUCGGCACGAUACACGCUCUUGACCAUACCUGGCGUCCCCUUUGCAGAAAAUGAGGUGGAAGACUUUCUAAUACGAACAUGGAGUAAUAAUGCGACAGAACGAGCCACUCCCCAGCCUUUGCUUACGCGACUUAAAAAGUCUCUCAUGAAGGUACAAGACCUGGGGAAAAGUCACCAAUUCGGUGUGAUUGACGGAUCAAAUACGACCACUACCCAAGUAAUGUGGCAGCUGCUGGUUCCUGAGGAUAACCUUGGUAAUCCGAUAUACUCAUUACUUCGAAUUGCAGUGACCAAUAUCACUUUGAUAAGAUCCGAGACCAUAGCCAAAGCUCCUACGGCCUUCGCACCUUGCGACACUACGUUCAUGAACCUCGCUUAUGGGGGUGUGAUAGAAAGUACGGAUUGCGCAGUUUCAACCAGGAACCAACCAAUGCGUCUCUUCGGCACAGUCGACACUUCUGCGGUUCUCGUCGUCUACGGCCUUGGUGACGGGCGCUCUAACCUCAGCUCUGUGGCCCUAGACGAAAAUGCAAUUCAAUGGUCAGCUAAUCACUCCGAUGCAAUGGACAACCUCCUCAUCGCUCGCGGAUUCAUCGCUAGUAUCGACCCCUCACUUGUCACCCUCAUAGUCAGCGUCCUCCGUCCGGCAAUGUCGUACCUUCAGAUGUUUCUCGUCCUCAUCUCGAUACUAUUUGCCAUAAUCAGUCAAAUUGCUUUACGAUCUCUCGCAACUUCGCAUUGGUCGAACUCGCUGCUUGCGAAUGUGCUUGGUCCGUUGGAGGGCGAGGAUAAGCGCGAUCCGGGGUAUAUCAAGAAGGUGCCGGACAUCAAAUUGCAAGAUACGAAUACUGGGCCGGUUAUCACGGUCCAUGGUGCUAGUUUCAGACUGGAUAAUGGGCUUGGGAGGACUUCGGGGAUGCAAAGCGAUAUGGAAAAGCAUGCUGUGAUGGUGCAGACUGAUCCUAUGAAUGCGGAGGCGCAGUCGUUUUUGAGAUAUGGGCCUUAG